AGUGAUUUGGGGGUUUUCGAUUCUCGUGGAUUCCGUCUUAAGGUGGCUUCGAAUCCAACGUUACUAGCAAUGAUUACCAAUGAGGAAGGCCAAGAGAGAGAUCCGUCGAGUUCUGAAGAUACGACUUUCCAGAUCUACUACAAUGGAAAGUUUGUAGUUUCAGCCGAAAAUGUUCUUACAUAUGUUGGAGGCGAGAUUCACAUGCUUGAAUGUAAUCCGGAAACUGUUUUUACUAACAUGACUGGGUCAUUGGGGUUAUCUCUGUUUGGGCAAAGGAUCUGGUUUAAGCUCCCUUAUGAGAAUUAUCAAGAGUUGAAGUUGUUGUAUGCUGAAGCUGAAAAUUUCCAAAGAAUGUGUUUAGCUGCGAAGUGGACAAAAGCUGUUGAUAUAUUCAUGGAAAAGGAUGAGUCUCCUGAAGAAGGUAAUGAUGUGAAUGAUGUGACUGCUAGAGUUGGUGAAGAAGACAAUGAAGUGAAUGGUAGAGAAAAUGCUGAUGAAGAAAAUAGGAAUGAAUUCAGAGGUGGUGAGCAUGAAGUCAGACGUGGUGAGCAUGAAGUCAGAGGUGGUGAGCAUGAUGUUAGAGGUAUUGGUGAUGAGCAUGAUGGCGAAGAAGUUGCUGAUGAGGAUGAGGUUUGUGAUUCAGAGGGAACUCCUCCGAAUUCUGAUUCUGAGGACUGUGAAAGAAGGUAUGUUAGGUAUGAGAGUGGUAGUGGAGAGAUAAAAUUGGGCCAGGUAUUUGACAGUAUACCUCAUUUCAAAGAAGCUGUGGUUGAAAAUUCUCUAAAAGAAAAAGUUAAUGUGAAGUACACAAGAUGGGGAAGCGAGAAAUCUGAAGUGAAAUGUACACUUGGUGGUGAUUGCAAAUUCAGAAUAUACUGCUCUAUACAAAAAAAGAUAGGAAAGUACAUGGUUAUGACAUGCAAUGAUGUACAUUCAUGUAUUCCAAACGGGUACAGCAAGGUCUUGAAGGAUGGGGUCAUUGCUAAAAAAGCCAAGGCAAAAGCAUUGUCGGUGAUUGAAGCUGAGCAUGAGGAGCAAUUUGCUAGACUAAAGGACUACCGUCUAGAGCUAAUUGAGUCUAAUCCAGAAUCAACUGUGGAGGUGGGGACAGUGUUAACUGAUGAUGGUGUAGAGAAAUUUGACAGGAUAUAUGUGUGCUUAGCAGGACUCCGGAAACCAUGGCUUGCUCAUUGUCGACCUAUAAUUGGGAUAGAUGGCUUCUUCUUGAAGAACAAUGUUAAAGGUCAACUCUUGGCAGCUAUUGGAAGAGAUGCCAACAACCAAUUCUUUCCUGUUGCAUGGUGUGUUGUGCAAGUAGAAAAUACAGAAAGUUGGGUGUGGUUCAUUAAACUUCUUAAAGCAGACUUGAAGCUUGGAGAUGGAGAAGGGUUCAGCCUCAUUUCAGACAGGCAGAAGGUAAAUAUCUUGUCUUUAUAUUGAUACUAAGUAUAGUUAAAUAUGAGGAUUAAUAGCAUUAGUUUCUGUGAUAGAGUUUGCUAAUUGCUGUUGAACAAGAGUUGCCCAAAGUAGAACAUCGUAUGUGUGCUCGCUA